CGUUUUCUCUCUCACACACCACACUACUGUCUCUCACUUUCUCUCUCACCGCCACCAAUCUCACACGCACCACCGUCACCAUGGCCGACUCUCGCCGCGCCCGCCGUCAGCCCAGCCGCCUGCAGUCUCACGCUCCCUCAUCGCUUCAGAUAAACCGCUCCGUCCAGUGGAACGUGGCGAUCCCGCUGCUCUCCCCGCUGGCUUCGUCGCCACCGCCGCCCCCUCCUCCGCCGCAGAAGGAUGAGCCUCCUCAGCAGCAGCAGCGGCCCCCGGAGAAAAUCGUCUUCAAAAAGUGGCAGCAUCCCGCAGCUCCGUUCUGCUACGAACCACCCUCGGUGGUUACACCCUUCGUUAACGUGUAAAUAAUUAAAAAAAAAUGAUUACGUGAUUUAACACGCUUCCAUUUUCAUUUUCAAUUUUUUUUUGUACAUGUAAAUAUAAACCCUCAUAAUAUAUUAAGUAAUAAUAGUAUGACCAAGUU